CUGCUCGCCAAGGGACCGCCCGGGUCCCGCGGCGGCAGCCGUCUCGGAGGCCUCGGGGCCAUCACCCCCGGCCCCGCUCCUCAGUUUGCACAAUGCAUCAUGCUCCAGUUGAGGUGGUUCGCUUCACCCACAAGGAAAAAGUCAGCAGAAGAGCAACUUCCGUUGACUGCUGUACAGCUUGCAGCACGGACCUGUAUUUUUAGCUGCAGUUUAAGAAUCUGGUUCAGUUAUAGCUACAGUGCUAGAAAACAUGCCCCUGAAAACAGAAUUAACUGUGGAUGUAGGACUCAAGACUACCGAUCAAGUCCCUGCGUGCUGCUCAGCUCGCUACAACCUCGCCCUGCUCGCCUGUUUUGGGUUCUUCCUGCUGUAUGCAUUACGUGUCAACCUAAGCGUUGCUCUGGUGGAUAUGGUAGAACCCAACACAAGCUUAGCCAAGAAUACAACUUCCAAUGUGUGUCCAGAGCAUUCCUCCACCAGAAAUGUUCCUCGCAACACCACGGGGGAAAAGUAUUCUUGGGAUGCUGAUACUCAGGGAUGGAUCCUUGGUUCUUUUUUCUAUGGCUAUAUCAUUACUCAGAUUCCAGGAGGAUAUCUUGCAAGCAAAAUUGGAGGGAAGCUGUUACUGGGGUUUGGCAUCUUUGGUACCUCUGUAUUCACCUUGCUCACCCCCUUAGCUGCAAAUCUGGGAGUUGGCUACCUUAUAGCUGUCAGAGCCUUGGAAGGACUGGGAGAGGGUGUUACAUUCCCAGCUAUGCAUUCGCUGUGGUCUUCUUGGGCACCUCCACUGGAACGCAGCAAACUCCUCAGCAUUUCAUAUGCAGGUGCACAAUUGGGAACUGUUGUCUCUCUGCCACUAUCUGGUUUAAUUUGCUACUAUAUGAGCUGGGUUUACGUGUUUUACAUAUUUGGUGCACUUGGAGUAUUAUGGUUCUUCUUCUGGAUGUGGUUGGUUAGUGACACACCAGAAACUCACAGGAGCAUCUCACAGGCUGAAAGAGAAUAUAUCCUCUCUUCUCUAAAAGAUCAGCUUUCUACACAGAAAUCUGUUCCCUGGAGGCCUAUAUUGGAGUCCCUUCCACUCUGGGCUAUCGUUGUGGCACACUUCUCUUAUAAUUGGACUUUCUAUACACUUCUUACACUCCUGCCCACGUACAUGAAGGAGAUCUUGCGAUUUGAUGCACAGGAGAAUGGAUUUUUAUCUGCCCUACCUUAUUUUGGCUGCUGGUUAUGUAUAAUUAUGUCUGGGCAAAUUGCUGAUCAUUUACGGGAAAAGCAGAACCUGUCCACUGUUUGUGUGCGUAAAUGUUUUACCCUGAUAGGAAUGAUUGGACCUGCAGUGUUCUUAGUAGCAGCUGGAUUCACAGGCUGCAACUAUGCACUGGCUGUUGCAUUCCUGACCAUCUCAACAACACUAGGAGGAUUUUGUACAUCUGGGUACAGCAUCAACCAUCUGGACAUAGCACCUUCAUAUGCUGGAAUUCUUCUUGGGAUCACUAAUUCUUUUGCUACUAUCCCAGGAAUGGUGGGUCCAGUUAUUGCCAAAAACCUCACUCAUAAUAAUACUGUGGAAGAAUGGCAGACUGUUUUCUAUAUCGCUGCUUCUAUCAAUCUAUUUGGAGCCAUUUUCUUUGCAUUAUUUGCAAGUGGAGAGGUUCAGGACUGGGCAGUCAGUGCACAUCACUUGCACAGAAACUGAAGGAGAUGCUGAAAUACCAGAACUGUGCUGAAUCCCAGUGUGCUAGAAUUAUGUGACCAGUAAAGUGCCUUCCCUGCGGAUGCCUAAGAAUACUCAGAGCUUUUCAGUUAAAACUAUUUUAUCUGUAUAUCUUUUGUACUGAAAAUUAUUUGACAGCAUAUGUUUGCUAUUUCCUAACAAGAAACUAUGUGGAUUAAAUACAAUAGUUUCAUGCUAGGACUUGAUAUCAAUUAUAUGAUCAGACACAACAUUUUUAAAUCAAUGUGCUAGGCUCUACUUCUUUCCAGUUUUAAUUAAUAUUUUCUGAAUUAAUAUUUAGGCAGAUGUUUGAUACUGAAAUGAGAGGAAAACGCAAAGCGAUUAUGUAGCAAUGUAAGGAGGAAAGGCUUGCAAAAAAACUGUACCUAAAAAAAGUGUGUUUCAUUUCCAUGAUGAAAUGGAUAGGUUUUUUGCUGUUUAAAAGUCUAGAAGAGCUCUAGUUUUGUACAAUCUUUUAUAAUGCUUUCAUUUUACUGGUGUUUUGAUUGAUGCCUAAGAAGCACACAAAUUAUUUUUUCCUAUUUUACGCACAAGUUUUCAAUAUAUAAGCAUUCCCUGUUUCAUCAAUGAAGGUUCACAACUGCUACAGAGGAAUGAGGAAGUGAAAUGUAUCGUGACUGACAGGCUACGUCAUGUGUACUGUUUUUCUGUGGGGCAGAUUUUUAAAACAGGCCUUAUUUUUAUUCAUCUGUGCAAGGAAGCAGCACAACUGUGGUUUAAAUACAAGUGUUCAAGACUGCAGGCUUACCUUAAAAUAAAGUCUGGCAGUUCAUUUUUUGUCUCUUUAAAUCAAUGCGGUAGAAUUCUUCCUCCUUGCAUGUAGAUCUAUUUGUCAGCUUGUCCAUGUAAAUGCAAUAAAAUAAGGCCAGUAUAGGGAAUAAUAAGGAAAAUCAGUUCUUUUGUCUAGCAGUCUUGUUUGGUAGUCAGGUAACAGUAGAGUGAAAAAGAACUAGUGCAAUAACCUGAUGUUGUUAGUCUCCUAUCAACACAGAAUUUGACACUCAAGAGCAUCCUUUGCACAAAGUGCAAUUAAAUGCUGCACAGUAGGAUUACUGAAGUCUAUGAAAAAGUGGCUGAAUAAGCUUACAGUCACAAAGCAAUGGAAAAUUCCAGUGCCAAAGAUUCCUGGAUUGGAGCAAUUAGGUAAAAAAGAAAAAUCAAUGGGGUCUGGGUUUUUCAUUUGCCACCAAUCCAAAAGAAAAGCCCAGUACCAAAGCUGCUCCAGUGGAGCCUGCCUUCCUUCAUUUCUAGGAAAUGGCAUCUGCCUCUUCUUUUUAGCUUUAAGAGCCAUUUUGUUUUGGCCUUCCUUGAAGUGUCAUUUUCUUUGAUGGUGGAACUUUAUUUAAAUCUGUAUUUGUGUCUGCAGCAUUUCCACAAUAAAAUGUGUGAAGUUCAGGUUAAAUUAGUAGUUGUUCAGUAGAAGUAACUUAAAACUAUAUUGUGUCUUCAGUGUUUCCACAAUAAAUGGAAUUAAUAUUUAAAUGUG